UUUCAACCCUCAAAAUGGUGCGAUUCCGAGUAUUAAUGUACUUGCAGUUGGGCGGGCUAAAAGGGGAAAGCAGUUGCUUCGAUGGAACAAAACUCUGCAAUUUAUUGUGCAGCUGUUCCUCCGGUGAUAAAUUCGUGAUUUGCUGUUAUACUUUACAUUACAACUGGCGGCUAAGGACCCGUAAGGUAUUGUGAGUAACAGUUUUCUCAACUGACGUCUAUAUUAUGCUACGAAGUGUUGGCCAGUUAAAUGACCACGUUAAACAGCUAUUGGCUUGUUAUGCAUGUACUCAAAUGUUCAAAUAUUGUGGUGAUAUGAGAGGUCAGUUCUUCGCAGCUGUACUUUUCAGUAUUGAAAUGUAAAGCCUUAUAAAAAGACCACUAAAGGUCGCGCCAUUCUGUAUCAGGGAUAUUUCUUUGUUUUUGCAAAACGUACCACUCAAAGGGCACUACGCCGAUUCAAAUACAGUAUGCAAGAAAAUACUGGUAGAAGACAGUGUUUUGUCCAUAGAUAUCAACACUAAUUAAUUUUUUGAGCUUGACUAUUUCCUUUUUUGACUUUGCAAACCUUACCAUAAAGAAAAUAAAGUAUAGCAGCCUGUGACACAUAGGGCAUAAAUAUGCGUAAUAGUUCUGUAGAGUGGGUAAUUAGCGUAAGCCUGUUCAUAAUACAAAUUAGAAUCAAGUCUUACGAUACAGUGGGCUUGCUUAAAAGUGCGAUGCUCUAUAAGGUUGUUUCGGCAUAUCGAUUUCAGUUUGAUGAUAUAUCGAGACUUCACAAUUUUGCAAGACAAUUUCACCUUACAUUUCGGCUAUCAUAGACCAAUAGGCGAUCUGUAUCGAUUUGGUGACACUCAUUGCUAGAUAAUUCGGUACGCUGUAGAUCAGCUAAUGUUAAUGUAAGUUUGUUACUUCGUUUUUGGAUAUUAUCGCAAAAACUGGCGGGAUUUACAUUGACACCUAAAACUGAAAUCGUCUGCUUUGGUGCAUUAAACAGAAAUUAUAUCACCACUGUGCAUUAACUUAGACGCAAUCGAAAAUGGGUUAUAUUGAUUGCGUUACAUUAAGCAUUAAUUUUAUUAUUUGUAUUACACCGUUAUGUUUUAUGCCAGCAGACUUACUGAGAGGAUUGUAAGAAUAUAGGCAAAUUGCACUCCUUUUUAUAUUUCUAAUUUUCGUUUGCACAUUGUGUCAUUGAUAAGUUUCUCGUUUUUAUUGUCGUUUUUAAUUCUCUUCUAAGUACGCUGUGUACAAACAGUAUCACUUUCAAGUUUGCCAUAUAUAAAAGAAGAUGCACUUAUAAUCCUGGAAGCUAUAUAGAUCAGGAAGAAGUGAAGUUGUAUGAAUCAUUACAUUUCGAGCGUAUAUAGAACAAGAUGUCAUCGAUAUGAUCGAUGUCACAGAAAUGAAAAGAACCAAAUGGCGUCAGAGUACAACUCAGCUCAGUACUAAUAUGUAUACCGUACAGGUUAAACUAAGGUAUCAUAGCUUCUUACUCGCUGCAUCACGUGUCGGUAUUGUCAAUAAGGUGUCACAUGUUAUUGUUUGUGGAAAGAGUUUUGACGACUUUAUCGGCACAACGCACCGUUCGGAUGAAACAAAAUGUUCGAUGUAUGCACCACGUUGCAAAUAAUCAUGGUCGUGGACGAAAAUUUACCAUAAAUAGAUAUUUUUAUCAAAGUCGUGCAUAACCAUGAUGGUUAUAUAGUCUUUAAAGAGCAGUGCCCGCAUUGUCACUGCUCCUCUUCUUUUCGAAACCAAAAUGCAAGUUGUAGAUAUGCCAGUAUUUGUGCUACACAAAAGUCGACCGCGCACUACGUAAUCGAACUUUGGUGUGGACCUAUGGUAGACGAAUCAUAAUAUUUGACCUUCGUGACCUUGCAAUAGAUGAUUAUAAAGCAUCGACUUCUAGCCAUAAUCAUAGUCCUUUCUGAACAGAAAAGCAUUUUCUUUUCAGUUUUGUUGAAUGACUGACUUCUUCGCUCGCAAUCAUUGGCUUCACCUCUGGCUCUUGUAGAGGGAGUAUAUGGUCCAACUUCACAAGUGUUUUCAUUUGAUAUCUUCUGUGAAAUAAAUAUACUUGAAGCUGUUUUAGCCACAUAAUAGAAGGGUCUUUGCCAGAUAUACUGGUAUAUUUUUCUUUCUAUUGCACUGGUUUGAACAAAUGCGUUGGGAAAUUUAACUAAUUGUCCUCCAUAGAUAUACAUUUAUUGAAAAAUCCCCGGCAAGUGAUUUUCCAAGGAUAUGUUCACGUCCGCGUGAUUGGCGAUGUAUUAGCCGCAACAACCGGAGUUUUAUAUCAGCUUCUCUAGGCCCGGCCUAUUGUCGCCUCUGGCGCAACUGCGCUUAAGCAAUGGCAGUAGCUUCGACGGCUCCGUCAGAAUGUCCCUCGUCGCUGGUAGCGCCGUCACCGUUACCCGAUGUUCCUGUGACAUUACAAUCGCUUCUUGAACUCAAUCUCGCUUACCAAGAUUUGGUUCAAGGGCUCAUUAAUGAACUGGAGACAAUUCUCAUGGAGAACGAGAUGCUACAAGACGAAGCCGAGCAGAUACUUUCCAUACAGGCCCAAAAUCAUAAAAUAACAUGCCGUGCGUUCCGUUUUCCGUAUUUCUUCGACGAACAAGAUAGGCUGCCUCCGCCUUCGGAAGAGAAAGUUGUUAAAGACCGCCUGGGCAUCAGAAAUUUGUCUCUUAGUAAAAAAUGGGUAGCAAAAGAUUUACUUCGACUUGAAGAAAGUGUCUUUGUGUCGGUUAAACGUCAAGUGGUGUCGAGACUUUUGGCCAAAAAGGCCAAGCUUGAGGAGCAAUUGGAGACUUGCGAAAACUCCGAUGUCAACAGUGAACUGUUGCGCAUCAGCGAACAGCUGAACGAGAUACAAAAUAUGCGAAAAAUUGACCUGCUAAGGAAGUAUCGAAACAACGAAAGGGUAGAUUGGCUGUGUAUAGCAGUCAUUGACUUCGCUGGUCGCAGGGGAGACCGAGACCUCGAACUUAUUUGGGAGAACCUCGUUUGGCCAAACAUCAGCUUGCCCCAAUGGGACAACGUCAAUCUCACGAAAAUGGACGAAAUGAUCAAGAAUUCCCCGUCGUACCCGCCUGAUUGGGAAGCGAUAGCUGCUGCAUGCAACAAACACGUUGUACAAUGUUGGGAACUUUAUCUUGGGCAGAAAAACCAGUCUGCUAAUAUUCUAAGUGAUGGAGAGGUCUGGCAACUGUACAGUAAAUUAAGAACUCGCGACUACGUGCCUUGGUUACGAAUUGGCAAAGAGCUGAACACGUUCAGCCAGGUACGUGUGACCCGUCGUAUCGAGGCAGCAGCGUGCCGGAUGCGAUGUCGAUGGCGCCUUGAGGACGAUGUACUCCUUUUGCUAAGUAUAUAUCUGUAUAGGGGCAUGUGCAACUGGUCACAGGUCAGCCGUUGCAUGAGAACGCACUAUACAGCUCGCACGGCAGGUCAGGCGGCAGGAAGGAUCGAAUACCUCCUUGGGGCUACUUCCUUGCAAACGGCCAUACGACAUCUGGAAAAGAUGAAAGCUUCAGACACUCGCGUUCCACUGCCAAUAAGGCGCUGCAAACAAACAAUGAUCCCAUGGAUGUUAUCGGCUCUCAUUUCCGUCAUGAGUAAAGUGCAAAUGAGCGUAUUUUACAAAGAUGAUUGCGUGGGAGAACUACAGAGAGUCUCGCUGAAAGUCGCAAGAAAUAUCUACAACCUGAUUGAUUCAAGCAAGAGAAGCUUGGCAGUCUCCGAUAGGCUAGAUCACCAAAUAUCGCAGCUGCUUGCUCCUCAAGCGCCGCUACCAAAACCUGUGAGAUUCCCAGGUGGAGAGGUAAUCUUCCCGUUGAUGCAGUCUGUUAUAGAAAAGAAAAUCCUUGGAAUGGACUCCGAACCUGUGACAGCUGGGCCAAGUUUCACGGUAGUGGAAAAACGAAUUGAAGCAGUGGCAGAGCUCGAGCGAGCAAUAGAGUGCGGUCUUUUAAUGUCCACAACUUCAUCGUUGUCCGCAGCCCAGGUUUUCAUUGAGAAUCUGAAAAAUGAAGAAGAGCCACUUGACCCUACUGUUAUCUCUUGGAUAGAGGAGCAAAUCGAGAACGAGCCCGCGUUUGCCGAUUUCGAGAAGCAUUUCAAUGCUGUAUUUACAUUACCAUUUUUAAUGACUAAGAUCGAAGUUCCUGAAGUGAAACCUAUGGUUGAUUUUGAUGACGUCAAUACCAAAAAGAAGCGUAAAGAUAUUAGUUUUCGGCGAAAGAGGGGAUCUAAAAAACCCUGGAUCAAGGCGCGCUGGGAUAAGCACAGACAGGACAAGUUAAAGGCGGAACUGACCGAAGCUGAGGUAGUUCCUGUGGAUAUCGACGUCAGUGUCGAGCGGGCAGAUGAAGAGAUUAUAAGUCCGCCAGAGUCGCCAGUCAAUGUUGCUGAACCAGGUGACAUUGUGUUUAUCAGAGUACAGAAUUUUGCCGACUCAUCGAGGCCAAAAUCUUGAAGAGCGCCACGUUAGGGCAGUACUUUCUUAUCUGUACCUCUGUCGUAUACCGCAAAGUGUCUAUCAUCAGCCGGCUAAUCAAGCUAUCAGCCGCGUUUAAUUUCGACAGUUGUACCGAGUACUCACAAUUGAUUUCACCAAGAGAAACAUUGGAAGUGAUGCAAGUAUAUAGACAAAGUCGCACUCGGCAAAGGUUUAAUUUUUUUCAACUUUGAACUAACGAAAUGACGUAAUUGUGCAUAUCUGUGCUAGUAAUAAAUUUAUUUAGGAACUCUUCAAGUCCCGAGCUAAGACAUUUUCGUUCCAGUCGAGCGAGUUGAUAAGCUCAAUGUUAAUAAAUGAACGAAACGUUUUAUCUUGCGAGGCUAGAUAUUGUAAGGGGCAAAAAUGUGCUUCACUUUAUUAACAACACGGUUGUAACCAUAGCACACUAAGGAUCUCAUUAACUUUGUUGAACGCACAGUUACCGGAAGGUAAUUAGGUGGAAGAAAUCCCAUAUCAAAUUUUCUAAAUAAGACACGAUAAAGCUACCAGACAAAUAGACGUUGUGGUAAUUCAAGAUCAGUAACAAUUCUAUUGGGAGUGCAUGUUGUACAGAAUGUGGCCGGCACCUCCAACGGCAUGUGUGUAACAUUAGGCUUAAAUGUUUAUAGAGGACGAAAAUAAUUAAUAUGCGAGAUAAUAUUAUGUAAUUAAUACAUUAAUGCCAAAGCGAGUAAUAAAUUCAAAUGCCAAUAUGGAACCACUAACUUGGAAAUUUUGAUAAAGACAGAAGAUGAUACGUUGCAAACAGCUUUAUCUGUAGAGAGCGCUUAGUUAAUCGGUUUAAUCAUUAAGAAAUUUCCAUUGAGCUAAACCAAGUGAAAAAAAUACCAGAUAUGGACAAAAAUAAAUUUUGAUGUCUACUUCGUAAA